UAUUAAAUUAGUACCUAAAUUGCAAAACAAUUUACGUUUUAUAAUAAUGGAUUAUGAAAAAACAUCAAUGAAUGUUCUUCAUAAACAAUUUCCUCAGGCAUUUCUAUAUGGCUAUUGGUUCCAUUAUUGCCAAGCAGUUUUGAAAAAAUGGAUACAAUUAGGACUUAGUGUACCACAUAAAAUAGUAUCCAUAGCAAUGGCAUUAGUAUUAGCACCACCAGAAAUGUUUUCACAAGGUUUAAGUCUUAUGCAAACAAUUGCAAAUAAAGAGUCUUAUAUUUAUCCUAACAUGUUGCUUUUUAUGACGUAUAUGAGAAAAACAUGGUUCUUGAUAUUAGAAAAAAUUUGUGUAUAUCAUUGCCCAAAUAGAACCAAUAACUUUGUAGAGUCGUUCUAUAAUAUCGUGGGACAAAAAAUGCAAUCCAAUGCGGUUCAUCCAAAUUUAUGGAUAUUUUUAAAUAAUAUUUCCAAACUAAUUAUAAAUCAAGAUACCAAUUACUACAGUGUAAUGAACAGCCAACAAAUAACAAAAAUCCGUCUUCCAUCCAGUAUGUUUAGAAAUAUAAAAAUACGAGAUGCGCAAAAUUAUUUAUCUUCUGGUACUUUUUCUUUAGAACAAUUUCUGCAAGUUUUUGAUAAUGAAAUGAAUUAUCGGCAAUAUCAAAUGUCAUUAUUAAUUGAUAUCACUGAUGAGAAUGAGGAAAUAUAUGCUGAUUUGCUUACAGGAGGAGCUGUUAAUUUAGUUACAACUUCUGAGCUUCACAUCAAAAGAGAGAUCGAAGACAAUUUCACAGAAAUGAACAAAAGAGCAAUUGCAAAUUUGAAGCUGGCAAAAAAAAAAUUCAGAAAAAUAUUCACGAUAACAACGGUAAUUAUUUAA